AUGAAUUCCACCCUCCUGUCCAUGUGCGUUGCACAGUCAUUCCCCUACCCAACCAUCCUCGGCGCCACCUUCACCAACAUCAGCGCUGUGCCCGUGCUCAAUUACACCGCAUCUGCCCCGGCUAUAUACAACUAUAACCAUCCGGACUUAGUCGCGCGCAAUGUCAACUUCUGCAACGUCACCGUGACCUACACACAUGAAGGUGUUGGCGACAGCGUGACUGUCGAGACCUGGCUGCCCCUUGAAGGAUGGAACGAGCGCCUCCAGGCUUCCGGAGGUGGCGGGCUGGUCGCGGGCCGCUUCUACCUCUCCUACUGGGACAUGGACGGUGCCAUCUCACAAGGCUACGCAGCGACCACGACGGACGCGGGGCUAUACGGCAGCUUCUCCUGGGACCCCUGGUCGCUGCUGAGCCCUGGAAACCCUAACCUCGAGGCGCUCAAUGAGUUCGGCUCCGUCUCGCUCAACGAGCAAGCCAUCAUCGGCAAGGCCGUUAUCGCCAGCUUCUAUGGCAAGCCGCCCGUUUAUUCGUACUUUAGCGGCUGCUCUCAGGGCGGGCGACAGGGUCUCAUGCUCGCGCAGCGGUACCCGGACGCAUACGACGGUAUCGCGGCCUCGGCACCUGCCAACAAUUGGGACGAGUUUAUCAUGAAUAUUUUCUAUCCGACGCUCAUUAUGCAGCUCCGCGGCGAGUUUCCACCGCCCUGUGAGUUUGAUGCUCUGCGCACCGCAGCGGUGGCUUUCUGCGACCCGCUCGAUGGUGUCACAGACGGCAUCGUCUCAACACUGUACGACUGCCCCUUUGACCCGAUGAGCGUUGUGGGCCAGGAAAUUCAGUGCGCAACCUUCGGCAACGCCACACGCCAGAUCAGCGAGACUGCCGCCCUCACGGCGAACGCGACGUGGCAGGGGGCGAGGUCGAGCAAUGGCAGCUUCCUGUGGUACGGCGUUAAUUACGACGCGGACCUUAGUGGCGACAUAACCAACUCCGGAUACGCGCUCGACACGACGUCGUGCACUUCCAAUGGGACGUGUACCUCUGCGGCAAGCAUACUCGUCACUGGCUGGAUCACUGAUUGGAUCGUAGCGAAUCCGGAUUUCGAUUUGGGCAAUAUCACGCAUGAGGAGUUCGAUAACCUCUUCCACCUCGGCAAGCAGAUGUAUGAUUCGCUGUACAGCGCAAACGAUCCUGAUUUGACGGCGUUUCAGAAGGCCGGCGGAAAGAUGUUAACGUAUCAUGGUUUGGCCGACAGUAUUAUCCCACCAGGUGGAAGCGAGCGGUAUUAUAAUCAGGUGACGACGCUCAGUCCAGACGUGCACGAUUUCUACCGCCUCUUCCAGUCCCCUGGCGUAGGUCACUGUUCGGGUGGGGUCGGUGGCCUGCCGACGUAUACGUGGCAGGCACUCAUUGACUGGGUUGAGAAUGGGAAGGCUCCGGACCUGUUGCCUGUGUCGUUUAAUGGCAGCGAUGGCACCCAGUAUGAACGCAACUUGUGCAUGUAUCCAAGAAAACAGGUUUAUCUUGGAAAUGGCUCGGACCCAACGCUGUCGAGUAGCUUUGGGUGUUUCUAG